CCUUGGACUUUUCGUAAAUUUGUAAUAUUUUCAAUAGGUAUUUUCAUAAUUCUUGUUUAGAAUUCUGUUAUUUUGUUAAUAAAAUUCUAUUCUAAAAUAAGGACGCACAUAAGUACUGUCAGAUCACUUUAUUGCGAAGUAAUACUUUUGUACCAAGAUGUCGGUGAUACUCAUCUACAAUUUUGACAAGAAAAAGAUGCUUGUAUAAUCGUGAAGAAGCAUUGCGGAAUUUAUAUGAGCUUAUACCUGUGUGGAUGUGUAAAUACUAUAGAUAGAACUUCGUCAAUAUGAAUCAAGUUGCCGACGAGAACGAACUGAAUGUCAUGUGCAGUAAAAAAAGUACGAACUCGAAAAACAAAAACAAUAAAAAGGCCAAAGAUCUUUCUGAUACGUCUGAGGAUAUGAGCAUAUUGGAACAGACGAAGCUGACUGAAGCAUUAGCCAAUACUCUUCAUAUUAACAACAUCAACAAUAGUUUAACAAAUGGGUCGAACGAUCACGCGAGUGAUGACAGUCCUAUUAACUCCUGUCCUGUUGGUCAGUCCGAAGCACAAGGGAAAGAAUCCUGUGAGGUCGCAAACUGUGUAAAUAGUGUACAGUGUAGUGAUACUGCUAGAAAUUGUGAGAGCACCACGACGACCUCCCCUGGAGCGCAGCUCAGCCAUGACUGUGGGGCUAUCUCGAAUAACCUCGAAAAUAUCCUCGACACGCAAGAACAAUCGCCACAAGAUGAUAUCGAUAUAAUAUCCUAUGAAUCAGAACUUCAAAUGCCAGAAAUAAUGAGACUUAUACAGAAAGAUUUGUCUGAACCUUACUCUAUCUAUACAUAUAGAUAUUUUAUACACAAUUGGCCUAAGCUUUGUUUUUUGGCAUCGCACAAAGGGAAGUGCAUUGGUGCCAUUGUUUGUAAGUUAGAUAUGCAUCGGCAGGUGGUGAAAAGAGGCUACAUAGCCAUGUUAGCCGUUGACGAAAAAUACAGGAAGAGAAAGAUCGGUUCUAGACUUGUUCGGAAAGCAAUACAGGCUAUGAUAAAUGACAAUGCGGAUGAGGUGGUGUUAGAAACUGAAAUCACAAACAAACCAGCUCUGAAGCUUUAUGAGAAUUUAGGUUUUGUUCGUGACAAGCGUCUAUUUCGUUAUUACCUAAAUGGCGUAGAUGCGUUGCGAUUGAAGUUGUGGCUAAGGUGAAAUAAGUAGCUAACUAAUGAGAAAUUCUCAAUGUUGUGUUAUAUAUUUGUUGAGGCUGAUCGGCCUCCAGCUUACACUACAAAUACUAUUAUAAAUAAAAUGAAACUAUGUACUGUUGUUGAAAUGGUAUAACCUUCUAUUGAAUCUGCCAUGUGAAUUUUAGCCAAAUGUUUAGUUUGUUUCAAUUAUUUUAGUCAUGUGAUAUGUUUUAUUUACCUAAUUUAUGUGUUGAAAUUUGUUACAUAGUGAAAAUGUUUUUUCCAAUUUCUUUUUAUAUUUCAAUCCUAAGAUAAAAAUAUCUCAACUAAAAUACACAACCUUGAUGAAUUAACUGUAGUUAAUUAAUUUUUCAUCUGUCCAUCACUCUUAUCCUUAUAAAUCAAGUUUGCA